UUAAAAGCGGACAAGAUCUAUCAAAACGUUGUGAAAAGCGGUUCAGAAGCGACUAUAUCAUAUAUUUUAGCGGGUGGUCGGCAAGAUCAUUUUCUAGCCCCUAUAGCUUCAGGAACAGGCCGUUCCACUUUCGUCAAUACCCUCUGCGGUAGUGAAGUUUUGACCAAAAAGUUGUGUGAUACUCCCGAAACUGCACAUGUAGAAGCGGGUAUUCGAAUCAAACCGGUUACAGUUGAAUUGGAUGAAGAUGGUGCUAGAAUUGCUUUGACAAUUGUGGAUACUCCUGGAUUCGGGGAUAAUAUAGAUAAUGAAUUUUGUCCACGUGUCAACGUCAUUCCGGUUGUCGGUAAGGCCGAUACUUGUACACCAGCUGAAUUGGCCGAAUUUAAAAGGAUGAUUAUGGAGGAUAUCGAACAUUAUAACAUCCCAAUCUAUAAUUUUCCAUUUGAUGUUGAAGAAGAUGAUGAAGAAACAGUUGAAGAGAAUAGUGAAUUAAGGGCCCUCCUACCCUUUGCCAUUAUUGGCAGCGAAGAAGAGAUCAGUGUAAAUGGAAGAUCAGUUCGUGGAAGACAAUACCCAUGGGGUGUUGUUGAAGUUGAAGACCCACAACAUUCGGAUUUUGCUAGAUUGCGAUCAGCACUUUUAAGGGAUGUUAAUAUCUUGCCUGAUGAUCUUACUACUCAAGGUGUACGAAUAAAGGAAGAACAAUUGAAACGUGAAGAAGAAAAGUUGAGAGAAAUUGAAUUAAAAGUUCAACGGGAAAUCUCCGAAAAGAGACAAGAGCUUCUAGCUAAAGAAGAAGCCCUGAGGAACUUGGAAGCACGAUUAGCACAAGCUCAAGAUUAUUAA